GCCAGCGCCGUGGCACCUGGGACUGAACGCCGGGCGAUGGCGGGGAAUUCCACCAGGAAUAUAAAACUGCUGUGUGUUGAGCUUCUAGAGCCAUCCGCAAUGCCGUUCCUCCUCAAGUUACCCCUCUCUCUUUCACAUGACAUUUACACUUGCUGUGUUUUUCUCUUGAAGUCCCAUAUUUAAGAAAGACUGUAAUCUGAUGAGCACAGCUAGUAUUGUUCUUUGAUUGACGUAUAGGUCAGUGAAAGACAUACUGUUUACCAUCAACAAGUGUGUUGUUUCAUCAUGUCAAGUCUAUAUAUGUGUGUGUGUAUUUAAAACAAUGGGCCACUUUUAAUGAGCCAGUCAAUUCCUGGUGGAUUUCCUUUGUUAAUAUUUAGCUUCACUUGCAAAUGUCACAUUUUAAAAGGGAAAUGCGCUGUGAAUGCCGUUUCAUGUUUACUGCAAAAUAAAAUCCAGCAUUUAAGUAAAACUUAAAAUAAGGCAGAUGAAAAGGUGUGUUUGGUGUUUGCUAGGGUUUUCUGGAUGGUUGCAAGGUGGUUGCUAAGAUAGUUGGGAUCCAGUUAACACAGCAAGGGGAUUUUCUUUCGCCCGUUUUAUCGUCUGCCAGGAAAAUAUAAUGUCUGAUCGCUUUAAGCAAUAGUUGCACAUAAAAGUUUUGUUCUUACUGUAGGUGCGUCAGCAAACAUCUCCAAUUAAAACUACGUCUGGAAGUUUUGUGUGCUUCUGAUAUUCAGGCUGUAAUUUAAAUCGCAAGAACAUUAUUCUAGACACCAAAAAAUGAUGUCAUUCUAUCACCAUUCACAUGAUUUAUGAUUUAUAUCAAUAGUCUCUCGCUGCACAUGUCACAGUGGAUCUGAUGAUUUCAGUAGAUUUUCCCAGCGGUCAUCUUAAACCUUGCCAGAAAAUCACCAACUAUAUCAGUAAACUUCCUGCAAUACUUAAAUGAUUCAACCUUUUUCCAAAUAUUAUUUGCUGAGUAAUGACCUUUUUAUUUAUUUAGUGUGGCAAAUUUGCAUUUCUGAGUGACAGGGCUUCAUCUGACCUGAGAGUGCAACAUUGUUCUCUUACGUAACAAAACUUUUCCCUUGCAUUGUUGUCUGUUCCCAUAGGAAAACAUGGUUGCAUGUGAGAAAGGAAAUAAUUGGGUCAUAUUAUUGUUUAUAUGAGAUGCAAAGUGAACCCUUAAAAUGAUACAGAGGAUUUAGUGCAUUGACUACCGCUCUAAUUGACUGUUUCCUAAAACAAUAUCCCGAUUUCAAUCUCAGGGAAGAGAAUAAGAGAGAAAAGCUGAGAAAAGAGUGCAUGAAAAGCUCUCUGAUGGCUCCUCCUCCUUUGCCCAAAUAAGGGCAGAACAGCUCUAUGUUAGUGGGAUGAUAUCACCAGCAAGUGGGGCAAUGCCGUUUCACACAACAUUCACCUUUCAUUGCGCUCAUGACAUGGUUGGAAUGUGAUGGCUAAUUCAAGGAACCAUUCAGUGAUGCUUUGAGCAGAGUAACUUCAAAAACAUGUUAGGCAUGGACCUACCUGGACUCCUUUCCAGCUAGAUGACUUAAGACACUGUUGGAGCAAGAGAAGGCAAUCCAGGCUUGCAAGGACAAAGAUCACAGCAAACGUCUUGAGAAAGUUCAGGAGGAGCUGGUUAAGUUGAAAUCAUUUGCCCUGAUGCUGGUGGAUAAAAGGCAUCUUCACAUUGAACAGAUUGACCAGGAAAGACAGAAGGUCCAGGAUCUCAGCAAGAAGCUACAUGAAAGAGAGCAGCAGUUGGAGCUCAUCAAAAGCAAAGCUAAAGAAGAUAAUCAGAGGAUCCAAAGGCUGGAGCUCGACCUAGAACAUAAGACCUCCAAAUUUUCACAGGAACAUGAGGAGAUGACCGCCAAGCUGGCCAAGCAGGAGUCUGAAAGUCGACAGCUGCGUCUGAAGCUGGCCAGCCUGUCACACAGGACUGAGGAGUUGGAGGAGGCCAAUCGUACGCUGCAGAAGUCCGAGGAGGACCUUCAGGACCUGCGGGACAAAAUAAGCAGAGGGGAGUGUGGGAACUCAGCCCUCAUGGCUGAGCUGGAGAACCUUCGGAAGAGAGUUGUGGAUAUGGAGGGCAAGGACGAGGAGAUCACGAAAACAGAAGCACAGUGCAAGGAGCUAAAGAGGAGGCUUCGGGAUGAGGAAAACCACAGCCAUGAGCUGAAACUAGAGGUUGAAAAACUGCAAAAGAGGAUGGUGGAUCUGGAAAAACUGGAAGGAGCUUUCAAUGUGAGCAAAUCUGAAUGUGCCCAGCUUCACAACAAUCUGAAGAAAGAAAGAACCUUGACAAAGAGCUUGGCGUGUGAGCUGGAAACCGUUAAAAACCAUAUCAAAGAACUUGAGUGCUCAGAAUCGAGGCUGGAAAAGGCUGAGAUGGGUUUAAAGGAUGACUUGACCAAACUAAAGUCAUUCACAGUGAUCCUAAUGGAUGAGAGGAAGAACAUGGCAGAACGAAUCAAACAGGAAGAGCAGAAAAGUGAAGAGACUAACAAACUGUUUAAAGCUGAGCAAUGCAAAGUCAUGGAGGUCACAGAAAAGCUAAUUGAGGAAAGUAAGAAGCUUCUUAAACUGAAGUCCAAAAUGGAGAUGAAAGUGUCCGCUCUUACCAAGGAAAAAGAUGACCUGAAAUCUAAACUUGCAAGUGAAGAGGAGAAACGAAAGGAUCUCAGUAUAAAGUUAUGUCAGAUACAAAGAAAAAUGGAUGAGCAAGAGGAAGCUGGGCGGGAAUCUUCAAGAAACAGAGCUAAUGUAGACAAAGUUGGGUAUCCUGAUGAGGACAACAAGGUUAAGGAGCUCACAAUGGAGAUUGAGAGACUCAGGAACCGACUUAAACAGCUUGAGGUUGUGGAGGGCGAUUUGUUGAAGACAGAGGACGAGUAUGACAUGCUUCAGAAGAAGUUCAGAACCGAGCAAGCCAAAGCCAACGCUCUUUCCCAGCUCCUGGAGGAAAUGAAGACGCAGAUCACCAAGAACAAGGCCAUAGAAAAAGGAGAGUUGGUAAGCCAAGAAGCUGAGCUGAGACUACGCUGCAAAAUGGAGGCGGCCAAAACGAGAGAUCUUCAGGUCGAUGUCCAAGCUCUAAAGGAGAAGAUUCAUGAGCUCAUGAACAAGGAGGAUCAACUAUCUCAGCUUCAGGUGGACUACACGGUUCUUCAGCAGCGGUUCAUUGAAGAGGAGGAUAAAAAGAAAAACAUGAGUCAAGAAGUUCUCAAGCUAACCAAAGAGUUGGAAGCUACAAAGCGUUACAGCCGUGCCCUUAGACCCAGCAUGAAUGGAAGGAGGAUUGUGGACAUUCCUCUUGCUUCCACUGCAGUACAGACCGAUGCAGACAUGAGCGAACACAUCGAAGACGAGACUCCAGCUGUGUUCAUCCAGAAGUCUGUUCUAGAGGAAAAUAACAUCAUGAGUAGUCUGAGGCAGAAAGGUCUCAAGAAGCCAACUGUGUUGGACCGUUACCCGCCGGCAGCUGCAGAGUUGGGGACGAGGAGGUCUUGGAACCCUUGGAUGAGGAAGAAAGAAGCUGUAACUAUCACUCAGGGAGUUCCAUCAACCCAGGAGGUCAAUGGAAUAACAUCACGGUCAUCACCAGAACUAACCAUGUCUCAGAAACCCGGUCAGCCCCUUCAUAUUAAGGUGACUCCAGACCAUCAGAGCAGCACUGCCACGUUGGAGAUCACCAGUCCACGUGCUGAGGACUUCUUCUCCAGUACUACCAUCAUCCCAACUCUUGGGCUGCAGAAACCACGCAUAACAAUCGUUCCUACUUCUAUGCUGCCGAAGUCCAAAACCAACGAAGGGCCAGCUGAACGGACACAGUCUCCAGUCACUAUAACGGCCAUCUCCAGAGCUAAAUCUCCAGAGAAGGGUAAGGGCUCUUACUCGGAGCAUCCUGCUUCUCCUCUGUCCAUCAUAACCGUUAGCGCAACUCCAGUCUCCCAGGCGUCCGUCUCCCCAGAACCCCAUGAGAUGGCCAUUGGCAGGGCCGUGUUCAAGUUGACCCCUGAAAAUCAGACGGUUCCAACGCCCAUCCGGAAAUACAACUCCAAUAUUAUAACCACAGAGGACAACAAGAUCCACAUCCACCUGGGGUCACCAAGGUUCAAGAAACCUCAGGAUGACAGAAGUGGCUCAGUUACGGUUUGGCCUGAUGGUGUAAGUUCAGACAGCAAAGAGAUGCAAACGGGAAUGGUUCUGCGUGCUCCCAGACAGACGUCAGCUAAUGUCUGGAACAUGAUCCAAGGAAAGAUGACCAGCAGCCUCACAAUAACCCCCAUCACCUCGGCCCCAUCCAGAUCUACUCAAUCUGUGUUGCUUCUGAAAUGUUUCAAAAUGAUAUCAGGGGGUGUCUGCUCCCUAGAUAGCUCUCUUUCAAGCACGGAACGGAUGUGCAGUCAUCUCGCUCCACGGCAACACGAAUCCCCAUGUCAAAAGAACGUCCAGAAUGAUCUUUUUCAUAUGAGGCCUGGUUCUGUCGAGUUCCAAAAAAGCUCUCAAAUCUCAAAUUCAUUUAAACAACAUUAGGAACAGAAGAAUGAAAGUCAGAUGGGUUUGGAAUGACACGAGGAGAAUGUUGUGUUCCAUGUGUAUCGAGAGCCACGCUGAGGCUGUUUCAGAUCCAUAAUAUGCCUGACAGAAAGGUCUCUACAUUUGCUCUGCAUCCAAACGCAACAAUAGAACGAGGGUCGAAUCUGUCAAAGCUGGUUCCAGCACAAGGAUCUGUAGUGCUGCUCCAUAUCUACAUGCAUAUCAUCAAUUCAAGACCACAAGACAGUCAGUCAGACGGCAGACGGCUGAACUCUGGAUGCCAGACAGUAAAGAAAUGAUCAAUGUUGUACAGAACAUGGAAAGUUGCGGCAUGUAAGAAGAAGAGAAUCUGAUAUGUAUUUUGUGAGUAAAUGCUUCAGUAAAAGUCAACAUGCAAUCAAAUCAAUGGAUUCAAUCUUUUCAUCAACAUGUUUUCUUUCAUUUAGCACAGGUUUUGCAUUUCUUUUUGGAACGGAUUGAUCGUUAGCAUUGAUCUGAGCUCAUGCACUUCCGUUUCUGAGUGAACUUUGCCAAAAUUAUCCACAAAUGAUGCUUUUUUCAAUCAAAAACUGAGGUGCUUACGCUCAAAUCAAUGAGGCAUGAUCAAUUCAGUUUCAAAGAGAAAUACAAAACCUGUGCGCAUUAAAAUGAAAGCAAGUUGUCAAAAAGACUGAAUCCGAGAUCUGGUAAAAGUAUAUAGCAUAAUAAGAGAUUUACAAGCAUUUUUGACUGGGAACACCAAAUCUCGUUAAAUAUGCAUAAUGUGUUGCAUUAUGCAUAAAUUGGACUAUGCAAGCAAGUUCAUGUUGACUUCAGACAUGCACUGGUCUAACAUUAAAUCAUAUAUUGUUUGCUGGGAGCAGUUUAUUGAUCAUUUAUCAAUCUCUGCUAGUAUUUAAUGGUGGCGUUGAUGUGUUAAAAGAAUGAGAGAGGGUCAGUUGGGGAAAAGGUGCAUGAACCUGUAUGUUUAGUUAAGUCUGAGAAAGGUAUUCACCGCACAGAACUGCGAUCCACAAAGUCCUUAUAAUCAACAACUGUAUUUAAUUUCACUUACAGCAUGACCUCUGUGAAUGCAGUACGAGCUCACUGAACUGAAGUAUGUGUCUGCCUGCAUAUCAGAUGAGAAAUUCACCCAGUAAACACAUUUAUGAAGCAUGUGACUUUAUAUGGUCCACUGGAUGUGUUAUUAUCUGCACCACAAACUUUAAGGUUUAGGGACAAGUUCAGCUUUGCAUGGGUAUGUAGGGCAAUCAUGUUAGUGCUAUUUCAAUUAGGGCUGUUAAUCGAUUAAAAUGUUGAAUCUAAUGUAGGCUAAUCAAUCUAAUCUAAUCAACUGUAUAUUAAUCACACAUCAAAUUUAGCUGAGAAGUUACCCACAAAAGCUAUUUUAAAGUCAUUACUGUGUAAAAUGAGAAAAGCAUGUAAUAAAUAUUACAAAAAGAAGCUUUUUUUUAUUUUUCAUUUUUGCGUGAACUAUCCCUUUAAUUAGAAUUUUUUUUUUAUUAAUAUGG